AUGAGUCCAUUUCAGCCGCUGCAGACUUCAUUUGACGAUCGAAACUCGCCAUCGCAAUUUCAGCUUGAGUUAAUUGCCACGAAACUUUGGCUGUGUGCAACAGAGAUCGAGGAAAGUGACAAGGAGGAGCUUGCUUCUGCACCUCCGACAAAAAAGAAACGUGGACGGACUCCUCCCGGCCAGACAAAAUUGGAUGUGACUAACAUUGGGACAAAACAAAAAUUACAGCCAAAAAGACGGUCAGCAAAAAUUGCGCCAGAAUUAGGAGCAGUCACACCACUUCAGUUCUUUCAAAAUUUCGACAAGGCAACAGGCGAAGUCAAAGCUAAAAAGAAAGCUGAGGGACAGGGUGGAAGCCAACAGCAAAAAACAAAAGCGCCGGAAGAAUCUGCUGAAACUGAGUUGCAGCAAGGAUCUCCAAAAAAAGUUGAUAAAAUUGGGUCGAAAACAAAAUCGUCGAAGAAAUCUGGCGAAGUCCAAGGGUUUUCUCCGGGGCCUUCGCCUAGAAAAUCAAGUCGUAGGCGUGCUGAUGAAGUCGACGUAUUGGUCCUGAGUGAUGAAAAUGUGGAAAGUUCAUCCGUGCUGAGUGAUUUACAGUCAAAAAUUUCUUCACCUACGAGGAAGUCACCACGAAAAGUUGGACAUUUCAGUGAUAAAGGUUCUGUGGUCACGGAAGUGGAGUCCAAGAAAAAGAAAGUUGAAAAACAAGAACGGGAAACUGCCGGCAAAGCGCAAAAGAAAGAUACUGCUGAACAAAAGAAAGGAAUGAUAGCGAGUGCUACAAAGCAAAAGAAAUCGCCGGAUGCAAAGAAAUCCAGUGCAGUAAACGAAAAACGUAAUGAGAACUUGGGCGAAAGUGAUAUCGCUGCUCAAAAGGUGCACUUGGUGGGACAAAGCGGUGAAAAGUCUCCCAUGAACAAAUUGCUUGCUUGGCUUAGAGACUGGGCAAAAAAUCAUUUGAACGAAGGUGGCAAGAAAAAGAAAGCACGGCCUCCACCUUGGAUGGCGCAAAACGACAGCACGGCUUUCCGAGCAGCAUUGCUCAGUGGCCCUCCUGGUGUUGGGAAGACGACGUGCGCCGUUAUGGCAUGCAAAGAACUCGGGCUGCAGUACGUCGAGAAAAAUGCGUCCGAUGUAAGGAAUAAGAAAAUGUUAGAAGCACAGACAUCGGGCCUGAUUGGAUGCCAGCAAAUGGAUGACUUUAUGACUGGGCCUACUGCUCAAAAACCACCGCAGUCAAAUGAAGUGUCGCAUGUGCUGAUCAUGGACGAAGUGGAUGGUAUGAGUGGAAAUAAUGAUAGAGCUGGGAUUGCGGAAUUGAUAAAAAUGAUUAAGAUGACAAAGAUCCCAAUAAUUUGCAUAUGCAACGAUCGUCAGUCACAGAAAAUACGCUCACUGGUGAACUACUGUUUCGAUCUGCGUUUUCAGAGGCCGCGUGUUGAGCAAAUCAGAGCACGGCUGUUAACAAUAAUGUGCCAAGAGCGUUGCAAAGUGGAAAAGGAAAAGCUUGACGAGAUCAUUGAAGCCUCUCUGCACGAUGUCCGCCAAUCCAUUUACAAUCUGCAGCUGCUGACUUCGCGUAACAAAGAGGGAAACGAAAUGCAACGCAAGAAUGCGGCCAUUAAUACAUUUGAAGCAACGCGGCGUUUAUUACGGGCGGAUACGCCAGUGUGGGAGAAGCAGCAGAUGUUUUUUGUUGACUAUUCCAUUAUGCCACUUUUUGUGCACGAAAAUUAUCCAUUUGUGCACAACUCUGAAAUGAGCGCCAAUAAACGAUUAUUUGCGCUAAAGAAUGCUGCAGAUAGUAUAUCAAUGGGUGAUAUAAUUGAGCGAACAAUUCGGACAACUGGAUCCUGGUCACUGCUUAAUGAACAGGCAUUGUUUUCUGCAGUUGUACCAUGCACGAGCAUGAAUGGCUACAUGAAAGGGAUGAUAAGUUUUCCCUCCUGGCUGGGGAGAAACUCAACUGCCAUGAAGCGGCAGCGAUUGUUACGACAGCUCACGACGCACACUUAUCUGAGGACCCUGGCAGCCACCAGUCCGAUUGUUCUCGAUUACAUCCCUAUUUUACGGGACCGCUACUGCCGGCCGUUGUUGGAAAAGGAGAGUGGUGGAGUAGGCGAAGUCAUCGAGCUGUAUAAGAAGUAUAAUCUUAUCAAGAAUGAUACAGAAUCAAUCGCUGAAUUAGCAGUUUGGCCAGGCAUCAUUGAUUCUGGAGCAGCCAUUCCAACAAAGGUUAAAGCAGCUCUUACACGUACGCUGAAUAAAGAACACAUUAUUUUGCCGUAUGCAACUGAUACCGUAUCAAAAGGACGAAAGAGAGCUACAGCGGGUGCGUUUGUUAAUUCUUUGAAUUACAUUAUAAACGUUGAAUGGACCAUCGGCGAUAAGCCUUUGCAUUUUUACCGUUAUUUACCCACACGCACUGCUCGCCUUUCUUGA